GGCGGCGGCGGCACCAUGAGCACCAUGUUCGCCGACACCCUCCUCAUCGUCUUCAUCUCCGUCUGCACCGCGCUGCUGGCCGAGGUUCCACUUUGCAUGAGACUUGGAAUGGGAGGAUUUGAAGGAAAGGGAUGGUGCAGUUUGCUGGCUGUGUUAUAACAGGUAUAACUUGGGUGCUGGUCUAUCGGACAGACAAAUACAAGAGACUAAAGGCUGAAGUGGAAAAGCAGAGCAAGAAAUUGGAAAAGAAGAAAGAAACAAUAACUGAAUCAGCAGGCCGACAGCAGAAAAAGAAGAUAGAGAGACAAGAGGAGAAACUGAAGAAUAACAACAGAGACUUGUCAAUGGUUCGGAUGAAAUCCAUGUUUGCCAUUGGCUUCUGCUUCACUGCCUUGAUGGGAAUGUUCAACUCCAUAUUUGACGGCCGAGUGGUGGCAAAGCUUCCGUUUAUCCCCCUCUCCUACAUCCAAGGUCUCUCCCACCGCAACCUCCUGGGUGAGGAUUACACUGACUGCUCCUUCAUCUUCCUCUACAUUCUCUGCACCAUGUCAAUCAGACAGAACAUCCAGAAGAUGCUGGGCCUUGCUCCCUCCCGGGCUGCCACCAAGCAGGCAGGAGGCUUCCUUGGCCCCCCACCUCAGGCAGGGAAGUUCUCCUGAAGCACAGCCCUCACGGGAAGCCUGACCAGUGCAACAAGACUGCCUUGGGAAUGUAACAAGCCGGGAUUCUGCACCGAGCAUCACCACAUGUCCAAAACCAGGCUAUGCAGUAUUGAAUUCAUCAUCCAUUCGGAGUAUUCCACCAGCAGUUGUUCGUUCACCCAACCAAGAAACUUCUCUCGGAAGAUAACACGACCUUUGUUUCUGAGUAAUAAACGGCAUGGGCAUGUUAA